AUGGCGUCAAAGUUAACCGACAGUCUGCGGGAUAAAUUCCGGGAUCUCGACAACAAUGAUGUCUACACUAGCGUCAAGGCCCAGGCAGCCAGUGAUCAGGCUCGCAACUUUGUCGUUGAAUUCAAUCACGAUGAGGCUAAAAUUGCUUCCGGCCUAAGCUCUGACGAGUUUGGAGUGCUCCUCGGUCAGAAGUCCCCCGAUGGUAUGGUACGUUGGAUCAACAUUUGGUCUCCGAGCAAGCAAACCUCGGUGGUAAAGCAGAUCGGCAACCGCUAUGGAUUCUCUCCAAGGCUACAGGCCCUAAUGGUGGCUCCUAAUCUAGCAUCUGUGUUGGAGGUAGACAAUAAACAAGACUCUAAGCAGGGCGAUAUCGAAUCGGUGUUGAUGCAUGACGAGCCCAAGGCACAGCCGUCAACUCACACAACAGAGCAGAGCCUAGAAGAUAUCGAAAUCUACCAGUUGGUCAAAGAGACGGUCAACUAUACGUCGAUAGACCAGGGCAAGGAGUCCGUUGUUAUAUCGUUCCACGAGACACCGCCGACGGAACAGCCUGGAAGGGAAGACUGGGCCAGAGAUGAACUACAAAGCAUGAGAUCCAACACCCUGAGUGUUUUAUGCCAGCUCUCGAAGCACGGCAUAGCGGACUUCACCGACAGACUCGUCUCGUUCAAACGAGUUAGGCAAGCGCUGAGUGUCACGGAGCCCAGAGCCAAGGUCGCAUGUGAAGGCUCAAGCAAUCUGUUCUAUUAUUUGUUCGAGGAUUAUUCAGCAGCCAUGCCUGUGUUGAAAACCUCCAAGCUCCAGCUCGAACACUUGGGCCGAAGAACAAAAGUUGGGACAGAAGAUGUCAUUAGGUCUCUCCACACGUUGAGAAAGGAACUUCGCCAACUUCACCAUCUUUUUGAGAGCUACAGAAACCUCAUCCGACGUAUCUGUUGGCCGCGAUCCGCUGAUGCAUUUCGAGACGGUCAGCAUGGUUACUUCGAGCCAUCAGAAAACGUGUCCGGCGAGGUCAACAUAUCCCCAUCGGCUAGGAGCCGCUUCGAACGCCUCGGAGACAGACUGCAACUGUUGAUGCUGAACACGAUUCAAGAACGCUUGGAAGAGCAAAAGGCCUUGUCUGAUACGUACUUCAGCCUCACGGCCCAGAAGGACUCGCAAGCCACUGCUCGCCUGAGCAGGAGCGCAACCCUCCUUGCCAAACUGAGCGUCUUCUUCCUCCCCAUUACCUUCAUGACCAGUUACUUCUCCGUGGAAAUACCCGAUCUGGUGGAGCAUUACACGCCCAAGAUGUAUUGGAUCUGUUUCGCUAUCAUCGCCGGCCUUUCUUUCGUCAGCCUCUUCUUCUUCGGCCGAAUGCUGGAGACCGUUAGCGACACCCUUGAAGGCUGGGCUGAUUCAGUCUCGGGAAGGGCAAGAGGCCUCACCGGCUCGAAUGUACAUCAUGAUAGAGACGAGCAAUAA